ACCGGAUGUGGCUCUCCGCGUUACGUCAGUGCGCUUGACGCAGCCCGUCCGGAGCAUCACAACAUUGAACCGCUGCUUUGUUUCAGGCUCCCAAAGCUCCGCACUUCUCUUCCAUGAAGUGUGCGUGAAACCAGGCAAUGUCCACCAUGGUGUAUCCACGUGAGGAAGCCCUGGAGCGCCUGAGCCAGGACGAGAUCGUCCUCAACACCAAGGCCGUCAUGCAGGGCCUGGAGACGCUGCGCGGCGAGCACGCCCAGCUCCUCAACUCGCUGCUGGACUGCGCCCAGCCGCCCGCCGCCCAGGAGAAGUCCGGCCUGCUGCGCAAGAGCAUGGAGGCCAUCGAGCUGGGGCUGGGGGAGGCUCAGGUGAUCAUCGCGCUGUCCAGCCACCUGAGCGCCGUGGAGUCGGAGAAGCAGAAGCUGCGCGCCCAGGUGCGCCGCCUGUGCCAGGAGAACCAGUGGCUGCGCGACGAGCUGGCCGGCACGCAGCACAAGCUGCAGCGCAGCGAGCAGAGCGUGGCGCAGCUGGAGGAGGAGAAGAAGCACCUGGAGUUCAUGAACCAGAUCAAGAAGUUCGACGACGACGCCUCGCCCUCCGAGGAGAAGAGCCAGAGCGCUGCGGCGGGCGGCGGCGGCGGCAGCACGGGCGGGGAGUCCAAGGACAGCCUGGACGACCUGUUCCCCAACGACGACGACCAGGGACCAGCCCAGCCCAGCGGCGAGGCGGCGGCCCAGCAGGGGGGCUACGAGAUCCCGGCGCGGCUCCGCACGCUGCACAACCUGGUGAUCCAGUACGCCUCGCAGGGCCGCUACGAGGUGGCCGUGCCGCUGUGCAAGCAGGCGCUGGAGGACCUGGAGAAGACGUCCGGCCACGACCACCCCGACGUGGCCACCAUGCUCAACAUCCUGGCGCUGGUCUACAGAGAUCAGAACAAGUACAAGGAGGCGGCCCACCUCCUGAACGACGCCCUGGCCAUCCGGGAGAAGACGCUGGGGAAGGACCACCCGGCCGUGGCCGCCACCCUCAACAACCUGGCCGUGCUGUACGGCAAGAGGGGCAAGUACAAGGAGGCGGAGCCGCUGUGCAAGAGAGCGCUGGAGAUCAGGGAGAAGGUUCUGGGGAAGUACCACCCCGACGUGGCCAAGCAGCUCAACAACCUGGCGCUGCUGUGCCAGAACCAGGGCAAGUACGACGAGGUGGAGUACUACUACCGCCGGGCGCUGGAGAUCUACGAGUCCAAGCUGGGCGCCGACGACCCCAACGUGGCCAAGACCAAGAACAACCUGGCCACCUGCUACCUGAAGCAGGGGAAGUUCAAAGACGCCGAGUCGCUGUACAAGGAGAUCCUGACCCGGGCCCACGAGAAGGAGUUCGGAUCCGUCAACAACGAUAACAAGCCAAUCUGGAUGCACGCAGAGGAGAGGGAGGAGAGCAAGGGCAAGCGCAAAGACUCCGGCCCGUAUGUGGAGUACGGCAGCUGGUACAAGGCCUGCAAGGUGGACAGUCCGACAGUGAACACCACCCUGAAGAGCCUGGGAGCGCUGUACCGUCGUCAGGGCAAGCUGGAGGCGGCGGAGACGCUGGAGGAGUGCGCCAGCAAGUCACGCAAACAGGGUAUCGACGCCAUCAACCAGAGUAAGGUGGUGGAGCUGCUGAAGGACGGAGGCGCCGGUGGGAGCGACCGGCGGCACAGCAGGGACGGAUUCAACGGGCCGGGGGGCCAGCGCGGCGGCGAGGAGGGCGACGACUCCGCCGAGUGGAACGGGGAUGGUAACGGCUCGCUGCGCCGCAGCGGCUCCUUCGGGAAGAUCCGCGACGCCCUGAGGCGCAGCAGCGAGAUGCUGGUGAAGAAGCUGCAGGGCAGCGGCCCGCAGGAGCCCCGCAACCCCGGGAUGAAGCGAGCGAGCUCCCUCAACUUCCUCAACAAGAGCACCGAGGAAACCACACAGGACGCCAACUCCGGGCUGUCGGACUGCAAGGUGCUGAGCGCCAGCAACGUGGACCUGUCCAGACGCAGCUCGCUCAUCGGCUAGGCGCCGGCGGUUUGACAGAUCAAACACUCGCAGCGUAUUUUUUAAACGAACACUCACAAAAAUUAAAAAAGAAAGUUGCGCGAGGAAGCUUCGCCGCCGCCAAGAAUAUUUAGAUCACACAUUAUCGAGCAUGCUGCUUUCUAGAGAGUGGACCGUCUGCACCUGAACGCCUCGUGUGUGAGUGUGUGUGUGUGUGAGAGAGAGAGUGUGUGAGUGUGUGUGUGAGUGCCGGCACCGUAGCAGAGCAUCGUAUCCACACGUCUGGACCUUCCUCUCUCACUCAGCUCCAGCUGAUCGAUCGACAAACCACCAGUAGCAUGAAGCGCCCGACGCUAACAUCCAGUCACUGUCACCGCUAGUUUAUAAACAAACAAACAAACAAACAAACAACGGUACGAUUUAAGCAGAACAUCCGCACUAACCAUCUCAACCUCACUUCUUGCCUUCUUGUUGUUGUUUUUUUUUUAAAUGUAUGUAACGUUUUAAAUUAUUUCCUGUUUCGUUCUCUGUAUAUAGAGCACUUUUUGGGGUUUUUUUUUCUGUUUUUGUUUACCCUCUGAAGAGGGGUGAGUUUUAAAAAAAAAAGAAAUGAAAUGAAGUGAAGCAGAAAAGUGGAGAAAAAGAAAGGAGGAGUGGAAGUGCGAGGAAGGAGAGGUCACGACCUCGAAGCCUGCGGCGCCGGAACGUCUCCGAAGGCGGCGACAACGUUUCGCUCGUGGCGGCGAAGGGGGAGGAGUCUGAAGAGCCGAGAAAGAAUGAACUGUUUACAGUCGCAGGAAAUCGACCCUGGUUUCAAGUAUCCUGAUUACUUGCUGAAUUAUCAAUCGUUUUGUACGGAACAAUCCUCUGUGUCGUGAUGUUUCUUUGUUUUUUUUAAUGUCGGAGGUCAUCAGGUUGAAUAAUCAGUUUUCUAUCAGUUAUUUUUUUUUACGUUGAAGGUACUGAACGCCGGUGAUUUGAAUGUGACUUUUCUUGUGGAUUGUGCCGUAAUCAGGCCUCCGAAUGUACCCGUCUGGUCGCAGUCUGCCUUCAUCCACCAGACGUAAGAAAAGAAUGUGAUUUCUCUCCCGAAAUCCAAAAAAAGAAUGUCUGGAGGCGACGCAGGUUUGGAAACAGGUUAAAGGAAGUGCUUCAGGAAGACGCCGACGGAGGGAAAACGCGCUUUAAGUGUCGUCAGCAGCAAAUAAUGUACAGGUUCAUCCGUUUCUGUGUGUUUACCGUUCGUCACAUGUUCACUUAGAGGAGUGAUGGAUUUAGGAAAACACACACACACACACACACAAUCUCAACACCAUGUAGCUGUGUUUGAAAGACAAAUUAGUGAAGCACUAAUCUGUAGUUUUCAACUCUCCACACUUUAUACACCGGGAAAUAUCAAAUCAACACUGAAGGAUCAAUCUCCCCUGGCUGUAAAUAUAUAUAUAUACAUAAAUAUAUAUGUAUAUUCCUCCUUGGAUCCAAAGCUCUCGAGGUCUUCUCCUUUCAGAGGUUUGCUCUCUCGUCCAGCUGGACGGAGAUCAGCUCCUCCUCACCGCGACUCC